AAAGGGGCGGGAGUGGAGAGAGCGCGCGCGCGCUGCGCGGCUUUCCGUUACCGCUGGCGCGCGCGUGUGUAACAAGCGUGAAGGGUCGCGCGCGGGGGAAGCGAAGUCGCGAGACCGAGAGCAGCGCGAAGCAGUUUCCCGCUUUGCCCUUCGGCCCGAACCGCGAACGUGAGGCGGAGGCGCCAUCGUAGCCCUCACCGGCCGCGGAGAGAGGCUCCGCCCGGACCCGUAAGGGGGGCGAGCGCAGCGUCGGGCCCGAAGCGCUGUAGGCCGCUGUCGGCGGAGCUCACCCAGACUCCGCCGGCUCGGCCGGGCCCCGCGCGCUCAGGAUGUCGGCGCAGGCCCAGAUGCGCGCCAUGCUGGACCAGCUCAUGGGCACGUCCCGGGACGGUUCAAUGUAUCUUUGCCUGCCUACUUCAAUCUGCAAGGGAGUGUCAGAAAGGCCCCGCAUUCGCCGAGCCGUUUCUAAUCACUUCAACCAUUCUUUUGCCCUCUAUUUACCCUGCCCCACCAGAAGUAAGGGGGUGCUUUGCAUCCAAGAAGAAAGUAAUGGAAGAAAUGGCAGAUGGUGUUCAGUGGAGGCUCUAAGGGAUACUACCCGUCAGCGAAUCAAAUUCAGUGAUGACCGAGUGUGCAAGAGCCACCUCCUAAACUGCUGCCCUCAUGAUGUCCUCUCUGGAACUAGGAUGGACCUUGGAGAAUGUCUGAAGGUGCAUGACCUGGCAUUAAGAGCAGAUUAUGAAAUUGCAUCCAAAGAACAAGACUUUUUCUUUGAGCUUGAUGCAAUGGAUCACCUGCAGUCAUUCAUUGCCGACUGUGACAGAAGAACUGAAGUGGCUAAGAAAAGACUAGCAGAAACCCAAGAAGAGAUCAGUGCUGAAGUUGCAGCUAAAGCUGAACGAGUUCAUGAAUUGAAUGAAGAAAUUGGGAAGCUAUUGGCCAAAGUAGAACAGCUGGGAGCUGACGGAAAUGUGGAGGAGUCCCAGAAAGUAAUGGAUGAAGUGGAGAAAGCCAGGGCAAAGAAGAGAGAAGCAGAGGAAGUGUACAGGAAUUCAAUGCCUGCCUCCAGCUUUCAGCAGCAGAAGCUCCGUGUCUGUGAAGUGUGUUCUGCCUACCUUGGUCUUCAUGAUAACGACAGGCGACUUGCUGACCACUUUGGAGGAAAACUGCACUUAGGGUUCAUCGAAAUAAGGGAGAAACUUGAGGAGCUCAGGAGGGUUGUGGCUGAUAAACAGGAAAAACGAAAUCAGGAACGCCUGAAACGCAGAGAGGAGAGGGAGAAAGAAGAAAGGGAGAAGCUAAGGAGGUCUAGAUCCCAUAGCAAGAAUCCCAGAAGAUCUAGGUCUCGAGAUCGCCGCAGACAUCGGUCUCGCUCUGCCUCCCGGGAACGAAAGAGAAGAACUCGCUCCAAAUCCCGUGAGAAACGCCACCGUCACAGGUCUCGCUCCAGCAGCCGCAGCCGGAGCCGCAGCCAUCAGAGAAGCAGGCAUAGUUCCAGGGACAGGAGCAGAGAACGCAAAAAAAGAUCCUCAAAAGAAAGAUCUUCCAGAGACAAAGAACGAUCAAGAGAUCAUGACAGAACAUCGCGUGACAAAGACAGGAGCUCAAGAGAGAGGUCACCCCGAGAUAACAAAGACAGGAAACGUUCAUAUGAAAGUGCUAAUGGCCGAUCAGAAGACCGGAGGAGCUCAGAGGAGCGCGAAGCAGGGGAGAUAUAGCUGCUGUACAGUCACCGGAUCCUCUAGCUUCCUAUGGAGUUGCAUACUAUGGUUUAGUUUACAGUUGUUCAAAGGGACACCAGUGAGCAGUUCCAGACACUGAUCCAACUAGGGUAGAUGUACAGUAUGUAAAAGUGGUUAUAACUAAGUCUGAAUUGAACCCCUUCAAUUGAUGAUGCCUAAAGCUGUCCUUGACUUUGACCAAGCUGUAAAACUUCUCUGAACGAUUUCUCUUUAUCCAGGAUGACAGUUUUAUGUACCAAGGUGCAGAUCUCACUGUUUUACUCUCCUUUCCAAAGCAAGUUAAAUAGUGACAAAUUAUAUUGCAGUACUUGCCUUGGGUGCUCUCAAACCUUUAUAAAAUUCUCUAAUUCUGGUCCAGUCCAAACAGCAGCAUUGAAGGCUUUUUUAAGAGGGUGGGUGGGUACUAAACUUUUAUUCUAAGGUUGUUUCCCAAUGAUUGUAUGGGAACCUAGGAGUUGGUUACAGUCAGAGCAUUUAGGCUGGAAUAUGUGCCAGAGAAAGCUGAAAUGUCGUUUUUUACAGUGCCUAUUUAGACUGGGGAAUUGAACAGCUGUUGCAUUACAUCUUUUUUUAUUUUUAUUGAAAUUUUGAAAUCCAAGCCAGUCCCAUCUCUGUGUACCAUUUGGUAUGUGUUCAGUAUAUUUGGGUUUUUUUCCAUAAGGACUUUUUCUGCUUUUUCUUGUGGGAUGUAGGCUGUACAUCCUUAAUUGUAAAAAUAAAUAAAAUAAAAAAUUAAAAAGUAAA